CUCAUAAGGAAGAUUUAUGUAUCUACAUUGUAUAUAUAAACAACCGAACUUAAGUUAAUAAGUUUAUAAUAUUACGUCUUUUUACUUAGUUGUUUAAACCCAGUUCAUUCGAUUAACAAAGUUUAUCAAAGUUUUAAAAGGUUUUUUGUUUGGACUAAAGUAACAAAGUAUACAAUGGCAAUGAACACAUGCUUCAUACUUGUAUCGCUUUUGUGUAUGUUUACGAUGGUAAACUGUAGAUUCGUACUGUACGACUCGGACAACCCUGAUACAAACGUUGACACUGGAUCACAAUUUCCCUCUGUUAUGAAGAUGUUGGAAACUAUAUUUUCUAGACUGAAUGCUUUAGAUGGAAACAUGACAUCCGAAAUGACAAGAAAUAUGAAAUGUUUGGACGGCUGGGUCACAUUUAAAGAUUCGUGUUAUUUGUUUGACACAAAAACCCUCGAUUUUCAAUCAGCUGAGAAGGAAUGUGGCAAAUGGGAGUCUCAUAUAGUACGUUUAGAGACACAAGAAGAAAAUUCAUUUCUGAAAUCAUUUUUGGCCAAUUAUUUCAAAGACGCACAUUACUGGAUUGGUAUGACAGACAUAGAAACAGAAGGAUUGUGGAAGAUAUCAGGUACAAACAAUAUUGUACCAUUCACUGACUGGAAAGGCACUGAACCCCAAAACCACGGCGGAAAUGAAGAUUGUGCUUUAUUUUAUAGCACCCUUUCCUACAGUUGGGCAGAUGCGUCUUGUUCCGCGAAAUCUCGGGCAAUUUGCGAGAAAGAGGUGAACUGAUUAAAGGAGAAAUGUUUAUGCCUUUGUUUUUUCACAUUAUUGAUAAAUGUUUUUUCUUAACACUAACACGCUUAAACUUUAAACUAUUUUUACCUGAAAAUGUGUAUAAAUAAUUUAAUUAUGUUUUUGAUUUUAUCUUUUAUCUAAAAAAAAGUAUGUUUUUUAAUCUGUGUCGAAAAGAAAUGAUUAUCAUCCAUGUCAUUGUUUUCAAGGAAGCUGUUUUAUUCAAAAUGUGUUUGGAUUCUAACAGAGAAAUAAUUUAAUUAGAAAACUAAAUCCAAACUGUUUUCCUUCUUAAUCACGAAUAUAACAAGGAGAGUUUCAUUACCUUUUAAAGCUAAAAAAUAC